AAAUAAUUUGGUGAAUUUGGAGAAUAUUAAUUUUCAAGCAACAAUUUAUAGCACAUGGAAUAGACGAUCACAUGAAUUGUAAAUAUCGACAUCGCGAUAAGCAUAAAAUGAAGAGUGAAACCGCUGAAGCAUGUAUCGUAAUUUCAAUGAAUUUAGAUUUCGAUAUAAAAUUAAUGCCAAUAUAUUUAGUAUACUCUGCAUGUUUAUUAUACUCUGCUAUUAAUUUAUUCAGUUCAAUGCAAAUGCGAUAUGAAUAUUUCGAGUGUAAUUAACAAUGUAAUAAAUAUUCACUGAAAUGAUAUCAGUUUCGUCCGUCGAUGGCAAGUCGUAGUAAUUUCCUUCUUUCAUCAUUGUAGGGAUGAACCAAGAUGCGAAGCGAAAUUUGGAUCAGAUCGGCGGUGGGCAUCUCGUGAGGAAUUUAGAUCAAAUCGGUGGCGGGCAUUUGGUAAGAAAUCUGAAUCAGUUAGGUAAUGAGCAGUUGAUCAGAAAUUUAGAUCAGAUCGGCGGCGGACAUCUGGUAAGGGACUUACAUCAAAUCGGCGACGGAAAGAUCUGGUUAGACGGCGAUCUGGUUAGAAGCAUCGACUAUCCAAAUGCAGAGACGAAACGGCGGCGCAUUGAUCAGCCGACGAGUAUCUCGGAGAAGCUGCAUUUCACGCGAAAUCUGGAUCAGAUCGGAGGGGGAAAUCUCGUGAGAAACUUAGAUCAGAUUGGAGGAGGAAAUCUUGUGCGAAACUUGGACCAGAUC